AUGACUUUGGUGGCCUUUGGUUAUUAUCCGGUAAUAAGUAUUUUACAAUCUCCUUAUUUUCGCUUAAAAAAAAUCAUAAUCCAGGACAAAUAUCAGAAUGACAAAGUAUUGGGGCAAUUACUGGCCGAAAAAAGAGUGAAUUAUCAGUUAUUAACCAAGAAUAAUUUUGAACGAGCCAGUUUUGCCAGAAAAAGUCAAGUUAUGCUCGAUAGUAUUGAAGAUCCGCAUAAUUUUGGGGCCAUUUUGCGAACUAGUGCGGCUCUGGCAAUUGACGGAAUAAUUAUUGCCAGCCACAACCAAGUUCCGGUCAACAGCACUGUAAUUAAGGUUUCGGCCGGUGGUAUAGCCCACGUGCCGAUUUACCGAAUAAGCAGUUUGGGGGAAGCGGUUAAUGAAUUAAAAAAAAGAGGCUAUAAAAUUGUGGCUACCACCACCCCCAGCUUUCUUUCUACUAACAAAAAAGUAAUAGAAUACUUAUUUCGCCAUUUUAUCCGAGCUAAUUUUCCCCAAGGAGCAAUGGUAGGGGCUAAUCUUAUUACUCAGUUUGCUAAUGACUUGGAUGCGAUUGCCGACCACAUUUGGUUUCUUCCCAACCGCUUAAUUUACAUAAGCACUACUACUUUUCUUUUUCGCAAAUCGUCAGAAUUAGGGGUGGCGGCCAAAAAAAGAAUUGAGAAAGACAAUGAAGCAAUUUACGAAAAAAUUAAUAAUCUUGAAUACAUUAAGGCGGUUUCGGGUGAAACUUACGAGGAAAAAAAACUUUUUCAACGCCUAGACACUACUUUUAGGCUCAACACCAAAGCUUUGCUAUAUAGAGUGCUUUUUGAAGCGGUUCCAACUUAUGUUUUUAUUCCUAACGUCCCUAUUUCCUUUAUCUUCCUAGUUUUAUUAUUAGGACCAUCGUUGAUGGCAGGAGGAAUAA